GCAUCCAUCGGGGAACGGCAGGAGCCGCGCCAGCCAAAUGAGUGCCCGACCCGGGGAAGCUGCAGGAGACGCGGCGCCCCCCUCUCCAGUGGCUCGAACUCCUGCCGCCAUGGAGUGAGAGGGGGCUGAGCAGGAGCAGGCUGGGGGAGAGGCUACUUCGAAGAUGGUUCGGCUUACAUUGAGACCUGGAGCUCUGAUGUCACAAUGAGGACUCACACACGGGGGGCUCCUAGUGUGUUUUUCAUACAUGUGAUUUGCCUCACACUGGUCUACAGCACUGACGACAUCCUAAGCACUAUGGUUCCUUUUGUCAACGCCAACUAUGAUAGCUACCCUAUGCUCUACUUUUCCAGGGGAGAGAUUCAGGAUUUACGAUUCAAGGCAGCCAGUACACAUCAACACAUUUCAGCUCGAUUGACUGAGGCGGUACAGACCAUGCUGUCAAAUCCCUUUGAGUAUCUUCCUCCCUGGGACCCCAAGGACUUCAGUGCUCGGUGGAAUGAAAUUUAUGGCAACAACCUGGGUGCCCUGGCAAUGUUCUGUAUACUGUAUCCAGAGAACAUGGAAGCCAUCAAUAUGGCCAAAGACUACAUGGAAAGAAUGGCGGCUCAGCCUAGUUGGUUAGUAAAGGAUGCCCCGUGGGAUGAGGUCCCUCUUGCUCACUCUUUGGUUGGAUUUGCCACUGCCUAUGAUUUUUUGUACAACUACCUUAGCAAGUCUCAGCAGGAGAGAUUUCUUGAGGUGAUUGCCAAUGCCUCAGGAUACAUGUAUGAAGCAUCAUAUAGGCGUGGAUGGGGUUUUCAAUACCUACACAAUCAUCAGCCUACCAACUGCGUGGCCCUGUUGGCAGGAAGCCUGAUUUUGAUGAAUCAAGGUUAUCUUCAGGAAGCAUAUGUGUGGACCAAGCAAGUCCUGGCAAUUAUGGAGAAGUCCAUAGUUCUGCUACAAGAAGUGACAGAUGGAUCCCUCUAUGAAGGAGUAGCUUACGGCAGUUAUACCACCAGAUCUCUUUUCCAGUACAUCUUCCUUGUCCAAAGGCACUUUGACAUUAACCAUUUUAAACACCCCUGGCUUAAACAACAUUUUGCAUUUAUGUACAGGACAGUAUUACCAGGAUUCCAAAGGACUGUUGCUAUUGCAGACUCAAACUACAACUGGUUUUAUGGACCAGAAAGCCAACUGGUAUUCCUAGACAAAUUUGUUAUGCGCAAUGGAAGUGGAAACUGGUUAGCAGAUCAGAUCAGGAGGAAUCGUGUGCUGGAAGGCCCAGGAACACCAUCCAAAGGUCAACGUUGGUGUACUCUUCACACUGAAUUUCUCUGGUAUGAUGCCAGCCUGGGAUCCAUGCCUCCACCGGACUAUGGUAUACCAAAGCUGCAUUAUUUUGAGGACUGGGGAGUUGUAACAUAUGGAAGUGCUCUGCCAGCUGAAGUCAAUAGACCCUUUCUCUCCUUCAAAUCAGGAAAGCUGGGAGGACGUGCAAUAUUUGAUAUUGUUCACCGGAACAAGUACAAAGAAUGGAUCAAAGGUUGGAGGAACUUCAAUGCCGGCCAUGAGCACCCUGAUCAGAACUCUUUUACUUUUGCUCCCAAUGGUGUGCCUUUCAUAACAGAAGCUCUGUAUGGACCAAAGUAUACAUUUUUAAACAAUGUGCUGAUGUUUGCUCCAGCUGCAUCAAAGAGCUGUUUUUACCCAUGGGAAGGGCAGGUUACAGAAGACUGUUCAUCAAAAUGGUUGAAAUAUAAAUAUGAUCUAGCUGCAGAUUGCCAAGGAAGAGUUGUUGCUGCUAUGGAAAGAGGUGGGAUUAUCUUUAUCAGGGGUGAAGGAGUGGGUGCUUACAACCCCAAGCUAAGACUGAAAAGCCUCCAAAGAAACCUAUUACUUCUCCAUCCUCAGCUCCUCUUAUUAGUGGACCAGAUUCAUCUUCAUGAUGACAGUCCCUUGGAGGUAGCAACCAGCUUCUUUCACAAUGUGGAUGUGCCUUUUGAAGAAACUGUUAUUGACGAUGUCCACGGGGCCUUCAUUAGGCAGCGUGACGGGACAUACAAGAUGUACUGGAUGGAUGACACUGGCAACAGUGAGAAAGCUGUUGUUGCCUCAAGAAUGUAUCCCAGGGGCUACCCUUACAAUGGAACGAACUAUGUGAAUGUUACAACUCAUCUGCGAAGCCCCAUCACCAGAGCUGUGUACCUCUUCAUUGGACCUUCCUUAGAUGUCCAAAGCUUUAAUGUCCAUGGGAAUUCUCAGCAACUGGAUGUUUUCAUAACAACAGGUGAGCAUGCCUAUGCUGCUUAUUUGUGGACUGGUGAGGAUAAAAGCCACUCAGUCUUUGCACAAGUUAUUGCAGACCGCCAAAAAAUUCUGUUUGAGCGAACCUCUGCCAUUAGCAGCGCGGCAGCAUCGGAGAUAAGGGAUUAUGUUGGGUUAGUGGAACAAAACCUACAGCAUUUCAAGCCUGUCUUCCAGCAGCUGGAGAAGCAGAUCCUUUCCCGCGUACGGAACACGGACAGCUUCAGAAAGACUGCUGAGCGCUUGCUGCAGUUUUCAGAUAAGAGACAGACAGAGGAAGCCAUUGAUAGGAUAUUUGCAAUCUCUCAGCAACAGCAGCAGCAAGGCAGGGGAAAGAGGAACAGGAAGGUGGCUAAAGGGUUUGUUGAUGCUGGCCCUGACAUUUUUGCACAAAUUGAAGUCAACGAAAGAAAAGUUCGUCAAAAGGCACAGACUUUGGCCCAAAAAGAAUUGCCUGUGGAUGAAGAAGAGGAGAUGAAAGAUCUUCUCGAUUUUGCAGAUAUUACCUAUAGGGAGCAUAAAAACAAUAUGUUGAUCAAAGGACAAUCUGGCCUGGCGCAGAUGUUGGCUACUGCUCGAAGCAGUGCUCCUUCAGUGUCGGCAUCGUACACCCGACUUUUCCUCAUUUUGAAUAUAGUUAUUUUCCUUGUCAUGCUUGCAAUGCAGCUGACCUGGUUUCAGAAGGCCAAGAGUCUACAUGGCCAAAGAUGUCUCUAUGCAGUCUUGCUCAUUGACAGCUGUAUAUUAUUGUGGCUGUAUUCCUCUUGUUCUCAGUCACAGUGCUAGCUAAAAGACCAGGAGUUUCUUGACCUUUUAAUGAGUAUAUAUGUCUGUGUUACAGAGUGACCCUAACGGACUGAGCUUGUUUUGUUCCUUUUCUGACACAUUCCAGGAAACAGCUGCGGAAUGACUGAAUCCUUGCAGUCAGGGAAGGUAAAAGAUAAUGGGCAUUGGACACAUUUCUCAGAGAACAAAGUCCCAUCUAGACAUGGGUCAAGUUGGGAUAUGGCCUGCGAAUGAAUGUCAUGCGUCUUUGUUCUGAACUCAGUGUGUGGCAUUGCAUUUCUUAUUCAAAUGUAAAAUUCCUGCCUUUUAAGAGUUGUUUCCUAAUUUUAUGUUUGUAUGUUUUAACAGCCACCUGUCUGGCUGUUGACACAUGGAAUGAAGAUUUUAACUGGUGGAUGAGUUUCAUCCCUUCCAUAAACCCAAAGAUGGUUAUAUGAAGAGAGUUGUUGACAAAGAGUGCUGCAGAUUCUUUUGUCACCUCUUGUCUUCAUUAAAUUGUUGGCACUGUGAUUAAAAUGAAAUGUUUUCUAUCAGCCACCACCCAAAGAGAAGACGGCAGAUAUUUGUUCUGCCCCACUCUACCCCCACUCCCUAUUAAAUCCUGUUCCUCCUUCUAGCAUGUGGUAGAAAGCCAGUUAUGGCUAACAAAAAGCAAUGUCCUCCAUCGUGGGUGUUCCUAUCUUUAAAUGUUAAACUGUGACCCAAGAGGCCGCCACCAAUAAUCCCUCUAUUCCCCUUCUUGACUUGUAUAGUCUGUGAAAGGGACGAACAAAAACUUCAGUGUAAUUUGCUCAGUGCCAGGUCAGCUGAUGGCUUCUCUAGCUGUGCUAGCCAUCAUUGAUCUAUCAUCACAGGUAGAACUUUCAUAGCAUCUUCAGGAGCCAGUUUGGUGUAGUGGUUAAAUUCGUGGACUCUAAUCUGGGAGAACCGGGUUUGAU